UAUUUCACUCUCUAUGAAAGGAGAAAUAAGUUCAGGUUCCAUAUACAGAUACAAUUUAACGAAAAAGCAGCCUACUAACGUCACUUUUAUAGAGGAUACAGAAAAUGCCGAUGAUGAAGAAUUUAUCUCAAAUAUGAAAACGAUUAUUGAUAAAAAUUACAAAAUGCAAGAUAAAAAAAAUUUUAGCAUAAAAGAUUUGCAAAGCAAAUCGCAUAUAUCAAGAAAAAAAAAGUGUGUAUUCAGCGACGAAGACCAGAAUUUGAUGAAACGAUUUAAAAAAUCUGUCGACGAAAGGAAAGCUUUGUGUACAGUAGUUUCACAAAAGUUGCAGCAGCCUGAGCACGUUAUUUCCGUUAGUGAUCAGAAUUACUCAACAACUUACACUACUCAACAAGUUGUCCCAUUUAUGAAAUAUGAUGACAGCGAUAUGAGUUCCAGUAACUCGAACGAACCGUUUUUCCACCUAGCUUCAAAAAUACAAAAAAAUGACCAAUGGGUCGAAGAAAAAAUAUCAGGGAACAUAAAAACUGUUACUGAAAUCGAGCAGCUAAUUUACCACGAAAUGCAGUUUUUUACACCUCCCCAAAAAGACAACUUGUAA